AUGGCUGUUCCUACAUCCUCGCCUAGACAUGCACUCACUAAAGGGGAUUUGAUGGAAAAGUCAGUUGAGCACGGCGUAUUGGAAGAAGCUGCCUCGACUCCUAUCACUUCUGACGAAGACGCCGAUCUAUCUCGCCUGGGGCUUCAGUCGCAAGCAAAACGAGACAUUGGCCUAUUGGCUAUUGUGGGGUUAGGAUGGAAUAUCUGCAACAGCUGGUCCGCAAUUGCAGCCACGCUGGUGAUCUCAAUCAGCUCCGGAGGGCCCGUCACUCUGCUUUACGGCAUCGUCCUCAUUUUCGUAUUGGGAGGCGCGUGUGCGUUGAGCAUGGCCGAGAUCGCAUCCGUCUAUCCCACUGCCGGAGGACAAUAUCACUGGACAAGCAUCUUAGCACCCAAACGGUACAGUCGUGGACUGAGCUAUUGUUGCGGUUGUAUCAACUUCCUAGGCUGGAUCGCAAAUGGAGCGGGUUUCAUCAUUCAGAUGCCGGUCAUUAUUCUUUCGCUCGUAUCGUACCUCGAUUCUUCGUACAUCCCAGAAACCUGGCAUAUCUUUCUCGUAUUCCAGGCAUUCAAUGGUGCGUUUACGGCAUACAACAUCUUCCUGAUGAAACGGACCGCUUGGAUCCACGACGUUGGCUUCUUCCUGUCUUUAGCUGGCUUCUUCGUAAUCGCAGUGACCUGCUUAGCGCGCUCAGGGCGGAAACAAGAAGACUCCUUCGUGUGGACCACGUUCAUCAAUGAGAGUGGUUGGUCCUCGACGGGCAUAGUCUUUCUGACUGGCCUGCUUAACCCUAAUUUCAUCUACUCCGGCCUUGAUGGCGCGAUACACUUGGCAGAAGAGUGCACGAAUGCUUCAUCAGCCAUACCGAAAGCGCUUCUUUCCACAAGAAUCAUUGGUUUUAUUUCGGCCUUCACGUUCAGUGUUGCUAUGCUGUACAGCUUCACUGAUUUUGAGCCUGUGCUCUCAUCUCCGUUGCCUAUUCUCGAGAUUUGGUCCCAGGCCACCGGAUCUAGCGCAGCAGCAACGACUUUCGUGCUCGUGCUAUCUUCGUGCGGAUGCUUCGCCUGCACGGGAGCCCUUCAAACCGCCAGUCGACUGACUUGGGCAUUUGCUCGCGACAAUGCAAUUGUUUUCUCCCCAUUCCUUCGCAAGAUUCAUCCUCAUCUCGGCGUACCCGUCAACGCACUUCUUGUCAACUGGGUCCUCAUAUUCGCUCUCGGCUGUAUCUUUCUAGCAUCUUCGACAGCUUUCAACGCUCUCGUCGCUACCGGCCUGAUUCUCCAGCAAGUCAGCUUCAGCUUUCCUGCUGCCUUGGCACUAUAUCAUCGAUUCAAAGGAGCGGCUGCCUUCCGUCGUGUACUUCCGCGGCGAAGUUUUAAAAUGCCCCUUGUCAUUGGUGCCGUUGCCAACAUCUUGACAAUUGUGUUGGGACUGCUGGCGUUAGUGUUUUACGACUUUCCUGUUGUAAUGCCUGUUUCGGCUUCGAACAUGAACUAUGCUUGCGUGGUACUCGGAGUAAUGGGGCUCUUUUCAGUCGCGAAUUGGUUCGGGUAUGCCAACAAGAGAUAUAGAGGGCCUAGACUUGAUUGA